GCAAGGCAAGCAUACAUGAAUUGGAAAAAGCAAGGCCAUACUGGAAGCAUCUUUAAGAACCUUUUCUGGAGAGCAGUGAGAGCUUUUUACAAAGAUGAAUACAAAAGAGUGCUUGAAGAGAUGAAGGCAGAAUCUGUGGGGGCUUAUCAAGAUUUCAGAGAUAGGGAAGUCCAAAGGUUUUGUAAAGCCUUUCUUCCUACAAAGACGUACUCUGAUAUGAUUGAUAACAACAUUGUAGAGACCUUCAAUGGUUACAUCAUCAAUGCAAGAGGGAAGAUGGUGAUACAUAUGCUGGAAAAAAUUAGGACCUCAAUCAUGGUGAGGCAGGAGAAGAAAUGUGAAUCAAUUGGUAAGGUCACUGAUACUUUAUGUCCUGAAAUUAGGAAGAAAUUGGAGAAGUUGAGGUGGUUAAGCAGGAAUUGUAUUCCAUUUCCUGCUGUUGGUGGAAAGUUUGAAGUUCUUGCUGAAAUUGACAAAUUUGUGGUUGAUAUAGAGCUGCGAACUUGCAGUUGUAGAAUGUGGCAGUUAACAGGGAUUCAUUGUGUCCAUGGAAUCUCUGCAAUUCAAUACAGUGGGUUGGAUGUUGGAAAUUUUGUUGUAGAUUGGUAUCAUGUGGAUAGGUACAAAGAAUGCUAGAAGUAUGGUUUGGCACCAUUGAAUAGACAAAGAAUGUGGCUGGUGGUGGAUAAAGACAAAGUGCAACCUCCUCUUGUAGAAGCAUGCCUGAAAGGCCAAAGAAGAGAAAAAGGGCACCUGAAGAGAGAGACCCUAAAAACCCAAACAAGCUUAAGAGACAUGGGUAGAUAAUCACAUGCAACAACUGCAAUCAGCUUGGACAUAAUUCCAGAACAUGCACCAACAGGACAGUUGCUAAAGAGCUAUCUUCUCAUUCCCAUUUUAAUAGAACAACUUUCUAAUUGAUGAUGGUUUACUAAUGUUAUUUAACUCAUAAAUAUGCAUAGGCAAAGAGAGGGCGCCCAAUGAAGAAGGCUGACAAGGAUGCUGCUUCAUCCACCACAAGGGAAGAGACUAGUCAAGCAAUUGCAGCUAUGGAGAAAAAUGUUACCAGAAAAGGUGUUGCAGUUUAUACAUGUAUAGGCACGGGUAACAUCUACUAUCACAUGCCACAAAACAGACAAGUGACUCAUGUUAACAAAGCCACUGGAAGCAAGGGAAGUGGAAGCAAAGCCACUGCAAGCAAAGGGAGUGGAAGCAAGGCAGGUGCAAGCAAGGAGAUUGGAAGCAAGUGGAAGAAACAAACAAAUGAAGGAACAAAUGUGGAGAUGGCUGCCCAAAAUGUUGGAGUUGUUAACACACAAGAAAGUAGGUGUUCAACAGGAGGCACGGGAGAAUUCAAUCAAGAAAGCUCACGUCAUGGAGACUUAACUCAAGUGUAGUUCAUCAAGAUUUGGCUGUCGAUCAAGGCAACUGUUGUUUUUAUCUUUUGGAUCAAGAUUUGUUGUUUUUAUGAACAAUUUGGCUCAGUCAGUGUUUGUGUAAGACAUUAUAAACAAGCUUUCAUUAUUUUGUGAAUGAAUGCCAUUGAUUUCAACUUUCAAA